CAGUUUCACUGCGCCUGCGUGUUCGUGUGUCACAAUAAUGGAGGAUCUUUUCUCCCCGCGCUGAAACCCGCAUUAAGCGCCGCGUUUCUCUGCACAGUUCGAAGAAAAUCCGCCUGCAAAUAAACAUCAGAAAUCCUCCCAGUAGCAGAAAUGGCCUCAGACUCAGUAGCCCAAAAUCCUGUUUUCAGGAUCAUGACCUUCCAUCCAACCAAGGAGGAGUUCAAAAAUUUCAGCCGAUACAUCGCAUAUAUGGAGUCACAGGGGGCUCACAGAGCAGGGAUGGCAAAGAUCAUACCUCCGAAAGACUGGAUGGCCCGUCGUACAUACGAUGACAUCGAUGACCUGGUUAUUCCUGCUCCGAUUCAGCAGGUGGUGACAGGUCAGUCUGGGCUUUUCACACAGUACAACAUCCAGAAGAAGCCCAUGAGCGUCCGCGAGUUCCGCAAAGUCUCUAACACAGACAAGUUUUGCAACCCCAGAUAUGUGGACUUUGAUGAGCUGGAGAGAAAGUAUUGGAAAAAUCUUACCUUGAAUCCUCCACUGUAUGGGGCAGAUGUCAGUGGAACACUCUAUGAUCCAGAUGUGACUGAAUGGAACAUCGGGCGGUUAAACACCAUUCUAGACACUGUGGAGAGAGAGAGUGGGGUGAAGAAUAAAGGUGUAAACACACCUUGUCUGUACUUUGGAAUGUGGAAGAGCACAUUUGCUUGGCACACGGAGGACAUGGACCUCUACAGCAUCAACUACCUACACUUCGGAGAACCCAAAUCCUGGUAUAUUGUGCCUCCUGAACAUGGAAAGAGAUUGGAGCGUGUUGCUAAAGGAUUUUUUCCUGGAAGUGCCCAAAGUUGUGAAGCCUUCUUACGACACAAAAUGACAUUGAUUUCUCCAUCAAUUCUCAGAAAGUAUGGUAUCCCACUUGAAAAGGUCAUACAGGAAGCAGGCCAAUUUAUUGUGACUUUCCCAUACGCCUAUCAUGCCGGAUUCAACCACGGUUUUAACUGUGCCGAAUCCACCAACUUUGCCACGCAACGCUGGAUCGACUAUGGCAAACAGGCAGCAUUAUGCUUGUGCCGCAAGGAUAUGGUGAAGAUCCCCAUGGAUUUGUUUGUGCGAAAGUUCCAGCCGGAGCGCUAUAAACUGUGGAAAGCAGGAAAGGACAAUGCCCCCAUCGACCACUCCAAACCCACACCAGAGGCAGCCGAAUUCCUGCUGGAUGGAAAAACAGAGGGAGAGAGAGGAGAGCUGAGUAACAGCAGCAGGACUGAAAGAGUGGGAGAGAAAGAGAAAGAAACAGAAAAGACAGCCGCAGAGUUAGAAGAAAAAGAGACACAAAAGGCUGAAAAAGACGGAGGAGACAAAGAAAUGAUGACAGAUGCAGAGAGAGAAGAGAAAAAGGAAAAGGCUGAUAAAGAGAGAGAAAAGAAAGAGACGAAAAAAGCUGAUGCAGAUAAAAAGAUAGAAAUGGCGGAUAAAGAGACAGAAAAAGCAGAGAAAGAAAAAGCUGAUGCAGAGAAAGGAGAUACGCAGACUGAUAAAGACAUGAUAGAGAAAAAGGAAGUGGGAAGAGAGAAGAGCAAUGCAGAAUGUGGAGAGAUAGAUAAGAAAGAAGAAGUAGAAGAAGAGACAGAAACAAUAAUGACUGAAGAGAGUAGAGAACCCGAGAAGAAAGAAGUAAAAAAAGAAGAGAUAGAGUGUGAACUAAUUGGAGAAACAGAGAAGAUUGAAAGAGAAAAAGGAGAGAUUGAGAGCGAAGAGAAUGGACAAACAGAGAAGAAAGAAGGAAAAAAAGGACAGAUGGAGAGUGAAGUGAGAGGAGAAACAGACGAGAAUGAAGAACAGAUGGAGAGUGAAGUGAGAGGAGAAACAGACGAGAAUGAAGAACAGAUGGAGAGUGAAGAGAGCAGAGAAACAGAAAAGAAAGAAGGAGAUAAAGAGAUGAAGAGUGAUGAGACUGGAGGAACAGAGAAAAAAGGAGGUGAAGAGAGUGGAGAAACAGAGAAGAAAGGAGAUGAAGAGAUGAAGAGUGAAGAGAGUGGAGGAACAGAGAAGAAAGAAGGAGAUGAAGAGAUGAGUGAAGAGAGUGGAGGAACAGAGAAGAAAGAAGGAGAUGAAGAGAUGAAGAGUGAAGAGAAUGGAGGAAUAGAGAAGAAAGAAGGAGAUGAAGAAGAGAUGAAGAGUGAAGAGAGUGGAGGAACAGAGAAGAAAGAAGGAGAUAAAGAAAAGAUGAAGCAUGAAGAAACAGAGAAGAUUAAAGAAGAUGAAGGAGAGAAAAAGAGUAAAGAUAGUGGAGGAAUAGAGAAGAAAGAAGGAGCAAAGGAAGAUAAAAACUCAGUAGAGAUGGAGAGUGAAGAAACAGAGAAAAAAGAAAGAGAGACAGAAGCAAUAGAGAUGGAGACUGAAGGAGAGACCGAUGGAAAUGAGGUGGAGACUGAAAAAACAGAAGCAGAGAGAAAACAGGUGGAACCAGAAAAGCUAGCGAUGGAUGAACAGACAGUAAAGGGAGAGACUAAUAGAAGAGAGAUGGAGAGAGCAAAUAGAGAGACACUGAGAGACAAGACAGAGACAGAAAGAGCAGAAGACGAGACAAGAAAGCAAGAGAUGAACGCAGUAGAGGCAAAGAUGGAAGAAGUAGAGAGACACAGAGGAGAGAUAAAUGAAAAAGAAGAGCGAGAGAGAGGAGUGAUGGGAGAAACCAAUUUAGAGAAAGAAGAGAUGGACGCUGAAAAAGAAGAGAGCAUGAGAGGAGAGAUGGUGAGAGAAAAUACUGACAAAGAGGGAGAAAAGAUGGAAACUGAAAAAGGGGAGAGAGAGGGGGGAAUGACUGGAACUGAAAAAGAAGAGACAGAUACAGGAGAGAUGGAGAUGAAAGAAGGAGAGAAAGAGGGAGAAGAUGCAAGAGAGAGUGAGAAAGCGGAGAAGAAAAGCAAAAGUGAUGAAAAGCCCAGCAGCUCUGCAGUGCAGGAGAAAAGCAGCACUUGUAAGCAGAAGGAAAGAAAGCGGCAGAGAAGAGUCAGUUCUGGUUUUGGUUCUGCUGAGACUGAGGCUGAAGAGCAGGUGCAGCAGAAGAGAGCCAGGCUCAGCCAACUUGACGCAAAAGAAGAGAAAGAAAAGCCAGAUUCAUAUAAAACGGAAGAUGAGGAGAGGAUGGAGAUUGAUACUUCUCCAUCGAAACAGGAAGAAACAGCAGGCGAUCAUCAUCCUCACCCAGAGACUCUCAUCUGUCCAUCAGACAACGGAUCACUGCCACAGAGUGCUGACGUCAUUCCUUCUGAACCUGGUGAUGCCAUGCAGGCUGGUGACAUCACAGAUAACCCAAGCCAUAGCACGUCUCUCUUCAUUUCUUUCACUGCUAGUGAUGUCACUACCCAGGCAAGUGACAUCAACUCUCAUCCGAGGGAUGUCACCUACCAGCCAAGUGACAUCUUCACCUCCCAGCUGUGUGACAUCACCUCCAAGCCGAAUGAUGUAAUCUCUCAGUGUGACAUUACCUCCCAGUCGAAUGAUAUCAUGUCUAAGUCGUGUGACAUCUCCUUGUCGAGUGCUGUCAUUUCUGAUCUGAGUGAUGUCACCUCCCAAACGACUGACAUGAUAACUUCUCAGUCGAGUGAUGUCAUCCCACAGCCAAUCGAUAUCAUUGCCUCCCCGCCAAAAGAUUUGACCUGUCAGUUGAGUGAUGUCACCUCCCAGCCGAAUGAGACCAUCACCUCCCUGUCCAGUGACGCCAUCGCAUUGCAGUCAAGCGACAUAAUUGCCUCCCAUCCCUGUGAUGUCACUUCUCUGUCAACCGACUUUAUCACCUCUCAGCCAAGUGACGUUAUCACCUCCCACCAGCCGAAUGUUGUCACUUGUCAGCAGCAUGAUGUCAUUACUUCACAACCAGGUGAUGUCACUCCUCAGCCAAGUGACAUCAUCACUUGCCAGAUAAGUAAUGUCACCUCUCAGCCAAGUGACAUCACAUAUCAGCCGAGUGAUGUCACCUCUCAGCCAAGUGACAUCAUCACUUGCCAGAUGAGUAAUGUCACCUCUCAGCCAAGUGACGUCACCUCUCAGCCAAGUGACAUCAUCACCUCCCAGCCGAAUGACAUCAUGUCCGAGCCGAGUGAUAUCACCUUUCAUCCUAGUGAUCUCAUCGCCUCUCAGAGGAGUGACAUCAUUAAAUCCCAGUUCAGUGACAUCACUACUCAGCCGAGUGACAUUACUGAGCUGAGUGACGUCACCAUUCAGCCAAAUGACAUCAUGACUUCCCAGCCCAGUGAUAUCAUGUCACAGCCAAGUGAUGUCACGUUUCAUUCAAGUGACACUGUCACCUCCCAGCUGAGUGAUAUCAUCUCACAGCCAAGUGAUGUCACGUUACAGCCUAGAGAUAUCACAGAUAUCACAAAUAACCCAAGCCAUAGCGCUUCUCUGUCCGUUUAUGUGACUUCCUCCUCCACAGUUAGUGACUCACAGCUGAGUGACAACAUCUCUCAACCAUCUGACAUCCCUUCCCAGCCCAGCAUAGCUACUCCACGCUAUUUCCUCAAAAGUAAAUCCAUUAAUGCCACCGUGCAGCCUAGAAUCAUUACUUCAUCACGUAAUGCUAUCACCCCGAAGCCCAGCAGAAUCACAGCUAAACCUCAGUCUGGUGGCAUCACCACGAAGCCUGACCCAAGUGACCUCAGCGUUAGAGCUAAACACACCAAUAAUACCAGGCACCGCGGUGAUGUUACAUCCAGACACAACAAAACCAGCCCUAAAGCUGAGACCAAAUCCCGAGAGAGUCAUGGAGUCUCUGCAUCACUGCAGCAGGGCAGUGAGGAGCGUUCGGCUCAGCGACUCUUCCAGCGGACUCUUAGUCCUGCCGAGGUGCUGCACGUCCACAGCUACGCUAAAGGAGACUACAGCGACCUGGACUCUCACAGCAGAGAGCAGCAGGGAGACAGCGACACAGACACAGAGACACUGGAAGACAGCCAGGGGGCAGAAGAAGACUUUGCGGUUGCUUUGAACAGUCUGGUGAAGCUGCCCAGACACCAUCCUCUGAUGAAGGACAGCAUCAGCGAUGAAGAGCUGCAGGACCAGGCUGGAUUUGAGGAGGACUGGUUGGAGGGUGAGUCGUGGGCAAAGCCUCUGGCUCAGCUGUGGCAGAACAGGCCGUAUAACGAAGAGAGGGAGAGAGAGUACAACAGAGAGAUGGGCCUCCAGCCGCCAUACUGCGCUGUCUGCAUGCUCUUCCAGACAUACCAGCGGUCUGAAGGUGGUGAUAUUGAGGUGGUCCGGGCUGGGGGUCAGAUGCGGACAAAGCCAUUGAUUCCUGAGAUGUGCUUCAGCACUACCACAGAGGAAAAUGCUGAACUCCACUUGUCCACACCUCACCUGGAGCCGGACGGCACCAGCCUGUUAAUCAGCUGCUCUCAGUGCUGUGUUCGUGUUCACGCCAGCUGCUAUGGUGUAGCGACUGAGAGAGUCACCAAAGACUGGAAAUGUGCUCGCUGCAAGGCCAACGCCAUGACUGAGAGUUGUUGUCUAUGCUCAUUACGAGGUGGAGCCUUACACAGAGCCAACAAUGACAAGUGGGUGCAUGUACUGUGUGCCGUGGCGGUGCUGGAAGCACGUUUUGUGAACAUUGCAGAGAGAUCACCAGUAGACCUCAGCGGAAUUCCCUUACAGAGAUUCAAACUGAAAUGUUAUUACUGCAAGCGGAGGAUGAAGAAGCCUUCAGGUUGCUGUGUGCAGUGUUCUCAUGGUCGCUGCCCCACAUCGUACCACCCCACCUGCGCCCAGGCCGCGGGUGUUAUCAUGCACCCAGACGACUGGCCUUUUAUUGUCUACGUCACCUGCUGCCGCCACAAAGGCCCUGUCCAUUCAGAGCGGAACAAAGAGGCCAUGAGGGAACUCAGCGUGGGCCAGAAAGUGAUCUGCAAGCACAAAAAUGGGCGUUAUUACCAGUGCGAUGUGGUCCAGCUUUCCAAAGAGACGUUUUACGAGGUCAACUUUGACGACGGCUCCUUCAGCGAUAACCUCUUCCCUGAGGACAUUGUGAGCCGUGACUGCAGCCAGCUGGGCCCGCCGCCCCCCGGAGAGGUUGUGCAGGUGCGGUGGACUGACGGACUCAUCUACGGAGCCAAAUUUGUGGCGGCUCACGUCACCCAAAUGUACCAGGUGGAGUUUGAGGAUGGAUCACAGCUCACAGCCAAGCGGGACGACGUCUACACAUUAGACGAGGAGCUUCCCAAGAGGGUGAAAUCCAGACUGUCGAAAGCAUCAGACAUGCGCUUUGAUGGAAUUUUCGGUGAGAAGAAAGUUCAGGACAGCAAGAGGCAGCGAGUCAUCAACUCCAGGUAUCGGGGAGAUUACAUCGAGCCAGUCAUCUACAGAGCCAUCAUGGAGUAGCUAGAAGAAAGCCGGCGGCCUUCUUCCCUCACACCACCAGCACUGAUUCAGUCCUAUACACCCACACAGCCCCCGUCACACUCCAACUCACAACACGAAGUGAGACAUGGACUUUCUCUUUCUGCUCAAGUACUUCUACAGGAACUGUUUUUUGUAACACGUUUCAAUUGGUCCAACAAUAUUGCCAUCUCUCUGAUCUCUGAUGAGCUGCCUGGUUUCUUAAAGGCGUCUUUUAAAGAGUGAAGGCAUAUUUUUAAAUAUACGCUCUCAUACUACAUCCAGACGGAAAGAACGCGCUUAAUACGCUUCAUGGAAAUUGAGCCGCAUGUGCAUAUAGCUUGUGGUAAACCUUAUCCCAAAAGCAUUAGUUAAUGGAGUUUGUAUUAAUUUGAUAAAAGAUUUUUAUCUAUCUCCAUCAUUCACUUUGUAUUAAUUUAUUUUCUUCAUGUUCAGGGUGCUAUUUCAGCCCAUAUUUUACAGAACGGAGGAACCAUUCUCCAUUUUAUUAAUACAAAUGCCUCCUUUUUUAAUAGAUCUACACUGUCAAAUGUACAAUUGCAUUCCUGAAUAUUGUAGACUAUUUGGAACAUAAUGAAUUUAGCAUUUUUGCAUUUCUGGAGUUGUUUUGUUUCUUUCUUUUUUACCAACCUAUUUAUUAGACGGUGCUUUAUAAAAGUAGCCUUUUGCAAUAUAAUUGUGUGAGUUACAGUGCUGUACAAAGUUCUGGAUGGAUGAUGUGGUUUCUUUUUGACUGAAAGGUAUAUGUAGAGUUGAGACUCUUUUUGAAAAAGCCACGGAUUUCCUCCCCAGUCCCCAGAGCUCAUUCAUUAGUGCAUUCGAAGCUUUCCGCCUUGCACUCUGAUCUGAAUCCUGUUGUUUUUUUUAAAUAAUAACUUACUGCUGUUGCAAUCUUAUCAAAUCCCCGUGCUUUAAAUAAGCUAUCUUUGCACUUCUAAGCUGUACUUGCAGUAGCCAAGUUCCAGAAACAGCCACACACAAACUCAUGGAGGUUAAAGGUGGCCUUUUAAUGCCCUUUUGCUUGCCUGUGUACAAUGUGUAGUCUGUGUCUGUUAGGGCCGUGUAGUCGACAGCCUUUUGGAUAUUGGAGUCUCUUUCGCUCAAUAGGAAGGGACCUGUAUUACCACUUUAAAAGAAAAAAUUACUUAUAAAAGGAAAUGUUUUUUAUUGAGAAGCUUAUUUUAUUGCUUUGUUUUAUAAUAAGUGUUUAAUGUUCAUAUGCUGUGAGAUAGUUGUAUGUAGUUAAUUUAAUGACAUUGAGCUGCCAAUGCGUUUGGGCUGCCUUUUGUUUUCCAGCUUUCUUAAAGAAACGUGAGCCUCCAUCCACACGGCGCUUCAUGAAUGCAGAGCCUCCGAGACUUCGAUUCAUGUCUUUUGUAAAGAUCGUCAGUGUGUGUCAGUAAAAUGAUGUGGGCCUACA